GCGCCCUCGUUUGACUAAACCCAAAGGAAGACUCGGAUAGUUUUUGCCUAACUUCAACAUGUGAAAAUGUGAAAACCAACCUUUUGGGACCGGGAAGUGACUAAAAUAUCUUCUUUUCUACAGAGCCCACACCUUUGUAGCAUGCACUUCGAGUGAACAUUAAAAUUGCUGCUCGAAUCAUGUCGCAAAACACAUACACAAACGGAACGCCGUCCAAACAGAACCAGGCGGACCAGAACGCCCGCUUGACCAACAGACACAUCCAGACUCUCAGUUUUCUGCAGGACGUUGCUAGGGAAAACAAGGAAUUAAAAGCACGCGUUGAUGAACUUGAGACAGAACUCAGCCAAUGCAGCGAUCUACACACCCUCGGUAAGGAUACCAAGCAGCGCAUUCAAAGACUCCAGGAUGACUUCAACAGACGUCUGGACCACAACAACAAGGUACUGACGCAGAAGCACAAGGAUGAGAUUAUGCAGCUUGUGUCUUCUAAACUUGAUGCAGAAACUCAGUGGCUCCAAGAUCGAGAACAGCUGGAGGCAUUGAUCCGUUCACAUGAAGAAAAGAACGCUCAACUGACCGACCAGCUAGAUCAACUGAAGAAGCAUGACCUCAAAGUGGAUGUUUUGAACCAGCAGCUUGACAAAACCAUUGCCCAGGUUUUGGAACUAAAGACAGCAAAUGAGCGCCUGACCACAGAGAACACCCGCCUGGCCAGCGAGAACAUUGGCCUGAAGGUUGAUGCCAACAAGCUCCAGGACUGCCAGGCCCGUCAGGAGCAGUUGACUCUUGAGCUGGGUGAGGCCCAGCAGAAGAUCAAGGAGUUCACAUUUAAGAUAACCCAGCUUGAGACAGAGCUGGCUUCCGCGAAGGAGUCUGAGGCAGCAAGGAGCUCGGGGGAGGAAAAGCUGUGGAAGCAGAUCCACAAGUUGAACAAGGAGGUGACCGGGUAUCAGAAGCUGAUCUCUGAGCAGCAUCAGAUGGAGAGAGGUCUACGGGAGGAGCUGGACGAGAUGAUGAUGCAGCUGGAAGGGGAGCUCUCUGAGAGGGACAGGAUGCUGGCCUUGAUUGAGAGGCUCCAGGAGGAGCUGCGGAAGAGAGACGACAACAUCAGGGGUGAAGCGGCCCGGAAGCCGGGGGAGAAAACAGAGGGGAUGAAAUUCAGGGAGUUUGUGCACCUCAAGCGGGAGGUGAACCAGCUGCGGGAGGAGAAUGACGAACUGCGAUCAGCUGACAAGUCCAAGCCCCUGGCCCUGCCGAGCCUGAAGGUGGCAUCCCCUGGAGGAGACAGCAACAUGGAGAGGAGGAGUAGAGGAAACAGGCACAGUGCAACAUCUUCCAAGUCCACCAUCCUCAGCAUAGCAAACAUCAGGUAGCAGAGUCUGUGUUCGCUGCAUUAUUGCUGAAGCAAGAUCCUAUACAUUUACCAAGUUGGGGAACGUGAUGUGACAACUAUGACUACAGUGCGUAAAAAUGGUGGUUGCAUGGUACCUGAACUGGCCACACAUUAAUACAGUGUACUUUUUCACUGGGCAGCGGACAUUGUAGGCUGUAGAAGUAGCUCAAACUUUGGCUUCUUUACUUUUUGCUUUGCUGCAAAAGAUGGAGAAAGUUUCAGCAACUUGUUCCAUCAUUUUGAAUCCGUGUGCUUUUGUGCAUGGUUUUGUGUUUCUCAUCAGAAUCACCAUCUAUAUUUCUUUACCUGUUUACAUGUACUUGCAAUGCACAUGACCGCACCAUUGACUUGAAAUAUGCAUAUUUUCCAAUUCCUUAACACUGAUAACAAUGUGGAAUUUUUAGAGGUCCCAAAAUAAAUUGACCCUGCUUUGUUUUUUUUAUGAAACAAACCUGAUAAUUGGGAUCUUCUUGUUUUAUAGGCAAACGCUAUUAAGGUCGUAAACACAGUACCCAUAUGGAAGAGAUUAGCACAGCCUGUGCCUCUUGCAAUUUGCAGAUGUGAUGCCGUAGCACAUGUGCUGCAUGGAGAAAGCUAAUUUGGGGAUCUCGGCAUAAUUGUACGUAAUAUCCUAAUCAAUCUAACGCAUACUAGGUCAGGCAAUCUACAGACAGACAGGUCCCAGAUCACACCGUUGACUGGAAUAAUCCGCCCGUUAGAGCAAGACAAAGACCCCAGGAUGAUUUUCAAUUAGCACGGGUUCCAUUAACCUUUCGGCUACCGCACCCGAGACGGCCUUCUCCUCACUCUUCUCGUUCCCUCUCAACUACCAACUCUCCCCCUUUCCCCCUUCCUUCCCUUCCUCGCUGUAUCUUAAUGUUGUCAUUUGUCGCAUGAACACGGUCAUGCUCGGGCAUCAAAUCACACUCUGUGCAAAUAACACUACAUAUAAUAUGUGCAUCACAUAUCGCUAGUAAUUGUCUAAAUGGCUCUGUCCUAAUUCCGGAAUGUAGGUUAUUUUAUGCGGACGCAGGAAUCGCCUGAUGUAUUAAUGCAAUUAAGGGGUUCGAUGGUACCGUCAUACGGCACCGUGUAAACUUUGCAGGAGAGAGAGAGACCAGGAGAACGAGCAGGGAAAAAAAAAAGAAAAGAAAAGAAGGAAAAAUAUGACCGAUGUAAGAGAUGAACCGCAUCUCAUCGCAUGCUGAUGAAGCCAGGACUCCCCGUGUUUGUGUAUGGAAAAAACCUGAGAGGUUGGAAUGAGAAAUGGAGAGGCAGGAGAGGGCAGAAGAGGGCGAGGGAUAGAGUUUCAUAAGGAAGUCAAGAUAUUUCCUGCCGAAUAUUACAUCUGCGAGUGUGUCUUGGUAUCUGCGUCCACGCGUACAUGUGUGUGUAUGGAUGUGUGAGCUGGCACGUCUUAAUUUAUGACAUAUUGAAAGAUCAUGGGCCUCCUGAAUAACCCGAAUAUUAUAUUGAUUGAUGUGACAUGUAUGCUGAUGUCUUUUCGGUUUUUCGUCCUCUCCGGGCCGGCACACCGUGCAUGCCAACGGUUUGAACUAACACGGCCAAGUCACACUUUUUUUGUCCGAGUUUAUCCAAUUUCCUUCUCAAUCUUGGAAGUAGGUUAAGUAUCAAUAACAGAUACUUGGAAGUAUGAGCACGCAUGACCCCGACAGGCUGUGACGGAUCUUACCUUGCAAUACUAAUAAACCUGGGUAAAUGUUGGCUUACCUGACAGGAGGAAUCUUUGAAUGAUUUCACAAAAAGAAAGAGUCAGACGGAAGGAAAAAAAAAAAAAGAAACCAAAGGGUCUGCCUGAACUCCAAGACAGCUCUGAAAUUUCAAAAGGACCUGUACAACAUGCCUCCUUUAAUUAAAUUACCCUGCAAAACUUCCCAGAACAAGGUGAGGUAAGAAAUAAACACAGUUGAGAAGCAAUCGAGGAAAGGAGAGUGAGAAUUUCUGGAUGGGGCAAAGCGACCAGUAAGCUUUUUAAGAACGUCAGACAAGUAAGCAAGUUUAAACCUUGACCGCAGUGUUUUGUUUCGACUGAAACAGGAAUUUGUUCUCCAAAAUUUAAACGAGAAGAUUAAUUGCCUUUUAAGUUUUUAAACUGAAAAAUUGUGUUUGAAUUAUAUUCAUGAACCUGUAAAUGUCACAUUGAAAGACUACUGGAUUCAUUUCCUAGUGUAAAGAAGCUAGCAUAUCGGCAAGUUGUGUCAAUGACUUGAGAGGUAAACUUGUAAAUGUUUUAGCACCAUCUGCAAAUGACACGCAUGCAUAAUAUCAAGCUGUUUCACUGCAUUUCCAAACAUGCCAGCUAGACGUGAGGCUGUGAAAAGGUUAUCUACGUCAGGCCUCUUGAGGCUCGGAAGAGAUGUUGUUGAAUUUAUAAGUAGUAUUAAAAAAAAAAAUAUUGGCAAAAAUAACAUAAAAUCUAAGGGGCGGAUUGGAUUAGAAUUUCACAGUUCAGUUAAUGACGGGAAGGCUGAGACCUGUGUGGUGUCACACCUCUCAGCAAAGACCAAUAAACGGUGACAGGUCCUGGCAAAUUGGAUUACGCGGCAAAACAGGAUGGAGUAGGCUAAGUAAGUCUUGUUUAGCCAAUUAGACUUGGUGGGGCAUUUAACUGUGCCCCCCCCCCCAAUUUAGAGAUCUGGUUUAUAUGUCACAUUAGCUCUUAUCCAUUGUUUGGUGUUUGACAAAAGUCCACACAAAGACUCAGAAUAUUGAUAAACUGGUAUUGACUUCCUGA